UGAUGGAGUUCGAGACCCCCGUCCCAGAGAAGCCGCUCCCUAACAGUCAAGAGAAGCCGCCCCCCAAUGUCGUAGCUGUCAGUCUGGAGGAUCCGGGGCCCAGCGGCUGCAGGAAGCGAUGUCCAUGGAUUCCUUCCAACUUCUGGGGGGAGACAAAGAAGAUACUGGUGCUGGCAGGCCCCCUGACGGUCAUCCAGUUACUGGUGUUUAUGAUCCAUGUUGUCAGCUCAAUAUUCUGUGGCCAUCUCGGCAAGGUGGAGUUGGCAUCUGUCACGCUCGCCAUCGCAGUGAUCAAUGUAACAGGUAUCUCUGUCGGAUUUGGUUUGUCUUCAGCCUGCGAUACGUUAGUAUCACAGACCUAUGGUGGGAAGAACAUGAAGCGGGUGGGGACCAUCCUGCAACGGGGGGUCCUCAUCCUUCUGCUUUGCUGCUUCCCCUGCUGGGCCAUUUUCAUCAACACGGAACAGUUCCUCUUGCUCAUCCGACAGAACCCCGAAGUCUCCAGACUCACUCAGGUUUAUGUUAUGAUCUUCAUUCCGGCACUUCCUGCAACCUUUAUUUACCAGUUAGAGACAAGGUACUUGCAAAACCAGCGGAUCAUCUGGCCUGAGGUCUUCUGCGGCACCGCAGGCAACAUCGUCAACCUAAUUGCAAACUACGUCUUCAUCUAUGAGCUGGAGAUGGGGGUCAGGGGCUCUGCCUGGGCUAACACCAUUGCCCAGUAUUCACAAGCCAUCUUCCUCUUCCUGUACAUCCGCUGGAAAAAGCUCCACGUGGAGACUUGGGGAGGCUGGUCCAGCGAAUGCCUCCAGGAAUGGGACGUGUUCCUGGCCUUAGCGGUCCCCAGCAUGCUCAUGACCUGCAUUGAGUGGUGGACCUUUGAAAUCGGAAGCUUUCUGAUAGGCCUGCUAAGCGUUGUGGAAUUGUCCGCUCAAUCCAUCAUUUAUGAAGUGUCCACUGUCGUUUUCAUGAUUCCGUUUGGGAUUGGCACAUCAGCCAGCGUCCUGGUGGGCAACGCCUUAGGAGCUGGCGACGAGGAGGAGGCCAAGAGGAUCUCUGUGGUCACCAUUUUGUGCACAGUGGCUUUUGCCCUCCUGAUGGAUGUCAUCUUGAUAGCGUCAAAAGAUGUCCUGGCCUAUAUAUUUACCAGCGACGAAGAGAUCACUGGGCUCGUGGCCUGGGUUAUGCCGGUCUACAUGGCCUUUCACCUGUUUGAAGCCCUUUGCUGUUCGGGCGGUGGAAUUUUACGUGGGACGGGCAAGCAGAAGCUGGGCGCCAUUUUCAACGCCAUCGGCUAUUACGUGGUGGGCUUGCCGAUCGUGGUGGUGCUUCUUUUUGUGGCCAAAAUUGGGCUGAUAGGGCUUUGGCUGGGCAUGCUGAUCUGUGCCUUCAUCCCCUGCACCUGCUGCAUCAUCUACUUCACUCGGAUGAACUGGAAGCAGGCAGCUGAGGAGGCUCGGCACCGUGCUGGAUUGACUCAGAAGCAGCCGGACGAUUCGCACUCUGCUUCCCCUCCUAAGGCAGCUCCCUUCUCAGCAAAAACAGAUGUUGAGAACGGAGCCGUCCUGCUGAGCAUCACCAAGACCGAUGGACCGAGCUACCACCUCCGGAGCCCAGAAGAGACUCCCAGUCGCUCCACUGUCAGUCACGUUCUGACCACAAAGCAACUGAUUGUGCAUCGUGGACUGGCGGUUGUAGCUGCCGUAGCCGUUUUGGCCGCAGGAGUCCUGAUACGAUUCUUGACUGUCCCUGAAUGAGCACCUUGAUUUUUGGCGCAGGGAAGAAAUGGAAGAGCCCCGUUGACAGGAAAGGCAGGGAGCUGGAGACGGUGCGUUGUCCUUAAGUCAUCCAAGUCCUGGGUUGAGAUGCUGGCGGAAUUUGACUGUGGUCCCCGCAAAACCCCAAACUUGCACUCCUCCAUGAUUCACUGGACGCCAGUAGUUGUCCUCUGGGGAGUUAAAAACCAGAGACCUUUGUGCCAGUCCGGCUCAUUCGAAGUCAAGCGGCGCUACGGUGAAAUGACAAAGACGCUGAAGGUGUUUAGCAGCAAACAAAAAAAACCAAUCAUUGAGACCAAUAAAAAAGCUUCAAUUUC